GGUAGUCACCGAAGACAUCACAAACCAUCGCAACCCGUUCGCGUACAGACGGUUAACGUGUUUCGAGCGCCCGUUUUUGUUUGUUUGUGAUCCGUGAUCCCUCGUCGUCUGUUGUUCGUUAAGAACUCGUUCACUGUGCAAGUUUCCGUUUCCGGUUAGUGUGCUUCAAGCCAACGUGAGACGUUUCAAAAUGUUCAAAUCGAUUAUCUUCGUGACGCUGUUCGUGGGAGUGUGCUAUGCUGGUUUGAUCCACCAUCAUGACGAUGACGAUGUGUCGGAAACGGAGCAUCAUCACAACAUCGAGCAUAAACAUGCGACGUCACACCAGAGCUUCAAGUUCCACCACUUCCAUGCCGUCCCGGUGUACGUUAAGAAGGAGGAUCAGCAAUUCCUGAAGCAUCCGGUGGAAAUUUCGGGCCUCAAGCAUAACCUGAAGAUCGUUCACCCCGAAACGGAACAGCAUCAUGGCCAUGGACUUACGCUGGAGAAUCAUAGCGAGUUCGAGAGCAAACUGCACGGAGGACACGGAUACGAUCUGGGCCAUGCCGGUUCGGAACACAUUGGCCAAGAGCACUACGGCGCUCACGAGUACGAACAGCACCAGUUCGGACACGAGCUGGACGAGCACGAAGAGUGAAGAGCUCCUAAACGUAAAACGUUGCGCGGUUAUUACGCAUCGCAUGUGUAAAAUGUGAUAUAGUCAUUUAAUGUUUAAAUCACCACCCCAUCCAUACCGCAAUUGGCUAAAGAUCAUAAGUAUUAAUCCAUUUUUUUUUCUUCGCGAUCAUUUGUCAUUCGUAGCGAACACAUUCAUUUGAUUCAUACAAAAAGGAAGUAUUAUUUCACCGCACCCACCCCCCGGCGUGCUGGUGUACAAAAGAUCAGUAACUUAAUGAGUCACUUUUUUCGCCAAAGUUAUUUUUUUCGUUCUCACUUCGCCGGGAAAGCUAUUAAGGGUUAAAUGUUAUUUGUUGUUAAUCCUCUAUACGAUUCACAGGCAAGUGUUCCGAUUGCAAACUAAAGACAAAAUCAAAAGGAGUCACGACAGACAACAUUAUUACACUCCAAAAACGACUGAAGGCGAUAAACUGUUAAAUGAUCACCAAUAAAAAUGUACUAAAUC